ACUUUAUAACUAAAUUAUCCCUAUUUUCUGCUGCUCGUCCUGCGUCACUCAGUGCGGUUCAAUCCGAAUCAGCGCGUUAGUGGAUAAAUAGUGCACUAGACUGCAGAACAAACCAUGAGCUCUUUAGGGCACCUUUAUAGGGCGCGAGAAGCAAUUUGAGACACAGCCGGUGUCACUUCAGUACACGGGGCAAUAAUUACACCUAAAAUUAUGCAAUAAACCCUUAGCGUGGCGUUUCAGACUAACUAGCAAGCUGCUACUUACCUCUUUGUGCGAAAAGCGCCAGUCUUCAUGGAGAAAAGCACACUAGAUGGUGCUCACGCUCAGUGGGUGUUGUACGAGCUCAACCAGCAGAGGAGGCUUGGAAAGUUCUGUGACGUGAUGCUCAACGCUCCGAGCGGCCAGGUCUUCCCUGUCCAUCGCAACAUCCUAGCUUGCUUCAGCAAAAUGUUUCAGGACACGGCUUCUUCCACACCACGUACAGAGAUCAACCUUCCACAAGAGUGUCCUGUUGAUGGACUUGAGCUGCUGCUGCAUUUCUUCUACACUGGUGAUCUCCAGCUAAACAGCAAUAACGAGGCGAAGGUUCGACAAGCUGCGGACGGCCUGUACGUGCCACAUUCGCUCCUUCCUGUCCAGAGUUUGGUCGGAAUUAACGGUUCAGUCUGUAGCGAAGAGAAGCCACUUUACCCCCCACAAACUGUGGACACCAAACCGGACUUGACUGCUAUGCCACAAUCAGGAACUCAACGGGAGGUGAAAAUCAACAACGAAAAGACCUCAACGAGGUCAGAAGCAGUAAUUGUGGAGCUUGAUGAGUCUCCCAGCACCAGCCCAGCCACCGUCACUCGAUCUGGCAGGAGGGUGAGGGGCCCUAGCAGGCUGGUCAGAGACGACGCUGUUCCUGUAGUCUCAAAAGCAAAAAGAAGAACUGCAGCUCCUGGGGCUAAGGAUGAAGGCAUCAUCUCAAAUGAUGGAGAACAGAGCUAUACACAAGUGCCAAGUGAGGCUCAGGACGGACCUGGAGCUCACGAGAACUCCUCCGCCGAAGAGGACGGCGUGGAGGUUUUCAUAGAAGACACCGAUGAAGAAUACACGCCGCACGAUUCGCCCGUCGCGUCUCCUAAAGCUCCAAGAGGGAAACGGAAACGGAAAGGAAGCACGAGCGGCAAAGAAAACGGAGGCGGCUCUUCGAAAGAAACGAAGAAGAGCUCCGUUCAGUGUCCGACGUGUCACAAAACAUUCCUCAGCAAAUACUACCUGAAAGUACACAACAGGAGGCACACGGGGGAGAAGCCGUUCAAGUGUGACAAAUGCGGGAAAUGCUAUUACAGGAAAGAGAAUUUGCAGGAGCACGAGGCGAGGAAUUGUCUCAGCAGGACAGAUAUGAUGUUUUCCUGUUCAAGGUGUCCCAUGAGCUUUAAGAAGAGACAGGAACUGCGUACGCACACAGUCACACACACGGGCGAGAUGCCAAAUAAGUGCGCGUCGUGCUCCGAGCAGUUCAUGCAGAAGAAAGAGCUCAGAAACCACAUGAUUAAAGUCCACGGAGCUCCGAAACCGUACGCAUGUCCACUGUGCCCCAAAUGCUUCCUGUCCCGUACCGAGCUGCGACUCCACGAAGCCGCAAAGCACCGUGGGGAGAAGCUGUUUGUGUGCGAGGAGUGCGGCCACCGAGCGUCCAGCCGCAACGGCCUACAGAUGCACAUCAAAGCCAUUCACAGGAAGGAGCGUCCGUUCGUGUGCGAGAUCUGCAAUCAUGCCUUUACACAGAAGGUCAAUCUGAACAUGCACCUCCGCACACACACAGGAGAGAAACCGUAUCAGUGCCACAUGUGCGGCAAGACCUUCCGCACUCAGGCGAGCCUGGACAAGCAUAACCGCACACACACAGGUGAGCGGCCAUACAGCUGCGAGUUCUGCGAGCAAAGGUUCACCGAGAAGGGACCACUGCAGCGCCACAUAGCCAGCAGACACCAGGAAGGUCAACCACACUCCUGUCACAUCUGCAACAAGUCCUUCAAAGCUGUCGAGCAGCUCCGCGUACACGUGCGGAGACACAAAGGCAUGAGAAAGUUCGAGUGCAGCGAGUGUGGCUACAAGUUCACCAGACAGGCUCACUUGCGCCGCCACUCGCAGAUCCACAACCGUGUGGAGAACUACACCCCACGCCAGAGGAAACUGCGCAACCUAAUAGUGGAAGACGAGAACACAGAGAGUACGUCGUCUCCUCCUCCCACAGAUAUGGCAAACGAGGAGACCCAGCCAGGCGCGACAGAAAGCGGGGAGCAGCAGGACUCGAGGGCUGCCAAGGAAACCGAGCAGGAAAGCUUCGGCAUGGACGAAGUGAUGGAGGUGUUGGUGACGGACACGUUUCCCAUUCAGACUGAUCUGGUGGUGGAGCUGCAGGGUGACGGGGCUGAUGGGAAGGCUUGAGGUUGGAGAAGAAAAACCUACAAGCUGCAAAGGACAAGGUCUGAGAUCUUGAUACACGUACUUGCAUACUUCUAAGUAUUAUUCAACCUUUUUAGGAUACGUACAGUAAGAUUUUAAUGGUGUAGCCAUCAUCCAGCACGCCAUUAUUAUAAUAAUUUAAAGAACUGUACAAGCAGUGACUAAGGAUUCAGAGCAGUCUUAGCCAUGAAGGUGAAGGUUUUUUUUUUUUACUUUUGCUAAUAUAUAUAUAUAUAUAUAUAUAUAUAUUUAUUAGUAUGUACAAUAAUUUUUUGGCUGUUUUGACAUUUCAUAGUUUCAGGAAUUAUCCAGUUAUUACGUUCAACAGCAUCUAUAAUAAACUGGAACAUUUAAGAUUUUAUGAAACUCUACGUUUCAGCUAACGCAGCAUUCGAACCACACGAGGAAGAAAAUUCACCAAACAGGAAAAGACACAGCAGUCAUGUCAAGUAACAUGUCGACCUAUGAAUUUCGGACUUUAGGAGACGAUAGACAAUCAAUGAGAGGAAAAAAAAAAAAAAAAAGAGUUUAUUAUGAAAUAGGAAUCACAGGGUUUUUUACACCUGCGUCACUUCAUGUGUUUUCUGUGAUCAGAUAGCUAUCGGAUGGUAAAAAGACCAGGUGUAAAUGCCCUCCGAAACGUUUUCGAGACAGAUCUAAAUCCGAUUGUUCGAACCCCUUCAGGAGGUGGUCUGGGACGCAUUUCAGAUGAAACUGGACAGGUGUAAAUGAAUGUGGUUGUUUAAGCCACAUACGGCAGUGCUAUACUCCUCCCAAAUGGAAGUACGUCACUCGCAGGUGACUCACGAGUCGUGCAUCGCGCCAGAAACAUAUGUUUUCCCACCAGUGCUGCUCCGAUCUUUCACCCAGGUGUCUCGUUGGGUCUUAAAAUGCACUGCUGCCGCCAGCAAAAAUGCAGCAAACAGUAAAUGCUGUUUUUUGUAGCAACAGCAUACACCAAAGUGUGUUUCAUUUCAAUUACCCCGGAAAUGAAGAAAAAUAUAUUAGCAUUUUGGGCGGGAGCAGAAAGAUCAGAUUGAUAUCCGAUUCGCUGAGACGCAUUUAUGUGGCCUAAUGUAAAUGGAACAGUUUUAACAAAUCAGAUAGCUAUCAGAUCAGAGACAGCACAUGAAGUAAAAAGGCCUACAAAAAUAAAUCUAUUCGAAUUGUGUGUGUGUGUGUGUGUGUGUAUAUAUAUAUAUAUAUAUAUAUAUACACACCUUUACAUAAAAUUGAGUUUUGCAGGAAAUACAUUUCUAGUGUCAGCAUCGAUACCGAAGACGUAACGUCUAUUUUUUUCCGAUACGGGAGAACUGAAAUCUACGCUGAGACGUCAUGGGUUUAUUUUACAGUCUCAUAUCUGUAUUCAUUUCUGUAUAUACUGUACGUAUGUACAUAUUUUCACUUCUUUACAUAUUGUAUGUCACGGCGAUGCGAUUACAUUCGUUACUGAACAUCUAACGGUGCAAAUAAACAAACGUCACGGUU